AUGGAAGGGUUGCGAGCAUCAUUGGUCAUCGGCCCAGUGGCUCACGCGGUGGAGGAUGUGCGGAGGGAGGUGGCGAUAAUGAAGCUGCUGUCGCGCCAUCCCAACGUGGUGCAGUUCAUAGACGUGUUUGAAGACAUUGACUUCGUGUACAUCUGCAUGGAACAGCCCUGUGGAGCUAGCGCAGGCACGGCAGGCACAGGCGCGGGCGGUGCAGUGGCUGGGCAAGUGGGCGGGUCGGACGGCAUGGGCGGCAUGGGCGGUAUCAUAGACGGCACGGGCGGCAUGGGCGGUAUCGUGGACGGCGGGGUUCGGUGGCCUUCUGACAAUGGCUUUGGUUUUGACGCGUGUGUUCAGCCGCCUGUGUACAACACAGAUGCUGAGGAGAAUCAGUGCGGGGGGCGCGCAGAGGAGUGGCGAGUACGAGACGAGCGAAGGGAGAGGAGACACGAGAGCAGGGAGAGACAGGAGAGCGAUGGCAACGGCCUCGAACACGAUGUGCAUGACGAGUGCGGCACGGAGGAUGAGUGGUUGCCUCGGAGCCAGGGCAUCCGGAGUGGUUCGACGCCGAACCAGAGGAUCAAGCGACGGAGCAUGGCGGAGCGGCAGAGGAGGGAGAGGAUCAAUGAGAAGCUACAGAAGCUGAGGGUGAGGGUGAGGGGGCGAGGGGACACGUGUGCGAUGCUGGACAGAGCAGUGGGGUAUAUGGAUGCUCUGGAGAAACGAGUGGUGGAGUUAGAGAGGGUGGUGAUGGCGGCUGUUGGCUCUGGGAGGAACGUUUUCCUCGGCAAUGCGUUUGCCGGUGGUGGUGCUUUUGCUGGUCGUAGUUUUCCCGGUCGCGGUUUUGCCGGUAACGUCUUUGUGAAUAACGCCGCGGCUUUGGCGACGAUACCGGCUGCGUUAACAUCGGUCCGUGGACUUGGGAGUGACGCUGUUCCCGACUGGCCUUGGGAGUGA